CUAAGCUACGUACCUCUUAAAUUUUCCUCCUCUUAAAUAUUACACGCAUAAAUAGAUAUGGAGGGGAUUCGCCGGGCUGCUGUAACUUAUUAUGAAAAUCUGCCCGAGGAGAAGAAGCGAUAUGCCAGAUUUAUUUUCGAUGAAAUGGACGAAAACAGAGACGGGCAAAUUGACCUAGAUGAAUACGUGGAGUAUCUCAAGAAAGAUAACAACACAGUUUUUACUGAUCCAAGCAUGUUUAGAGCGCUGGACAAGGACGGCGAUGGAAGCUUGGAUUUUGAGGAAACAAUCACCUUGUACUACAUCAUGGAGAGUGGAAGAGCUCUAUUUUGCAAGACUUGUAAUACGUUCUUGGCAGAGGUAUACUUCAGCUGCUUUCAAUGUUUCUGUCUUGAUGAGUCAGCUAGCACCUAUGAUCUUUGUUGUGAUUGUUAUGGUGGAAAAAAGUUCACUGAUCACCACGAUGAUGCCAUCUUCUGCGAUAACUAUACUUUACUAGGUAAAAGCAGGAGCUUGGCACUAGAAGCUCCCGUACAGAAGCGAAGAGAAGUGCUUGAAAAAAUUGAAACGAUAGUGCAAGUUGCGGGCUUAGUUGUUGGUUGUGCUGCUAUUGCGUCAUCCUGUGGCUGCAGCAUUAUGUGAAAGAACUUGAACCGCUUGCCUAUGGAAGACUAUUAUUAAUGAAGUAAUAAAAAACUUCGAACUAGAUUGAGCUUUUCAUGGGGAGCGAUCUUGAGCUAGUAAAGGGACUGACUUCAGCACUGGUCCACAAGCUCUUCAUUUAAAACUAGAUUUCUAUGGAAAUAGGGGAUUCUCUUACGCUUAUGUUAGUGAAAUAUAAGAGAGAGACAAUGUAUAACAGAGCAAAGAAUGUUGGAGAGUGUUGAAUUGUUAUUUGUGGUUAUUAAAUUUGUUUUGCUGUUGCUUGUGAUUUUUGAAAUUAUUGUAUGGUUACUUGAAUUGAUA